CCCAAACAACCAAUGCCGUCCAAUUCGCAUAAAAGCAUCGUCUUACCAUUUACACCCUCACUUGAUCACCAGCUGACUCUGAUGAAGAUCCGAGCCGCGUCCGUCACGUGGAAAAAUUAAACCUAUCCGGGAUCGUUUAACUCAACCACCCCUUCGCUUUCCUGGCUCCUCUCAUCCCAGGACCAUCCCGGACGUCUCUCUUCUUUCGUCCCAUUCUUCACCAUGGCGAUCGCGGCUGUCGGCCAGAUCACAUCAACGGCGUCCCUGUCGCACAACCUUGAGCAGUGCGUGAGACUGAUCGCCAAGGCCGCUGCCGGUGGCGCAAAAGUGCUUUUCCUUCCCGAGGCCUCAGACUACAUCGCAUCAAGUCCGAAAGAGUCUCUGUCCCUCGCCCAGCCACAAUCCGAGUCUCCCUUUGUGCUCGGUCUCCAAGAGGCGGCAAAGGCCCACUCCGUCGCCGUCAGCGUCGGCAUCCACGUGCCCACCGACGUCCCGGCCGAAAUCGCCGACGCUGCGGCGGCGAAAGACGCAAAGCUCCUCAAUCGCCUCCUGUGGAUCAACGCCGACGGCACCAUCAAUCACGCGGCAACCUACGACAAGCUCCACCUCUUCAACCUGGGCGCCGCCCGCGAGAGCGCGACGAUCCAGGCCGGCACCUCGCUGACGGCCCCGUUCCACACCCCCGUCGGCCGUGUCGGGGGCCUCAUCUGCUUCGACCUCCGCUUCCCCGAACCGGCCCUCGCGCUGACGCACCCGGGCCCCAACAGCCCAUUCGUCGACCCCGCCGUCGGCCCCGCCCAGAUCCUGCUCUACCCCUCCGCCUUUACCAUCCCGACCGGCCAGGCGCACUGGGAGACGCUCCUGCGGGCCCGUGCCAUCGAGACGCAGAGCUGGGUCUUCGCCGCGGCGCAGGUCGGCGCGCACCAUCCCAAGCGGAGCAGCUACGGGCACAGUCUCGUCAUCGACCCUUGGGGCCAGGUGAGGCUCGAGCUCGGCGGUGUGGACGCCGAUGGCAGGGCCGAGGAGGGCGCCGAGGGGGCCAUUGGCUUCGUUGACGUGGAUUUGGAGCAAUGGGCCACGGUGAGGGAGAGGAUGCCGUUGACUAGACGCACCGAUGUGUACCCUGAACUAUGAUGUUCCCCGGGGCAUGUGAGCUGUCACAUUCCCGGCAUGGAGGGUCGAGCCUGGGGGCCGGCACUCAAGGUGUGUACUUCGGUACGCCGCAGACAAUGGGACUGGGUCUAAGGAGUUCAUGCUGGAAAGCCUCGCCGGGGAGGACGGGAGAAGAGUACGCACGUGUAUGGCAGCGAGCCUGGCGGUCGGUAACGCCGCUGUGCAGGUCCUUGAGGCUCCGCGGUGGGAAUACGUGCCGCAAGGGUGGAUGGAGCGUCCCGACCACUCGGCGCGUCUGCGGAUAUUCUAGAAGAGGAGCCGCAAUGUUCCAUAGACGGGGGUGCUUGAAAUGAUGAAUUGUAUUUUCCUUGGACAGGGAUACAACGUUGUACCGCUACAGGCCAGACGCCGGAGGACGAGAGGUCUCCCGGCCGAAGAGGCCUCACCGAGACACCGAUAUCCUAGCCAGGGGGUGUUAGUUGAGAGGGAAUGGGUCAGUCGGUGGACCUUGAAGAGCAAUCGGGUCGACCGGGCCCCUUGGAGGUGUCGGUGCAUUCCACGGCAGUUGCCAGACCGAAAAAGGCCCAAUUUCGCAGAGAUGCCCAUGCCGACGUUCCCCGGUGAGCCGGUGAGUCAACAUCCCAGGGAGUGAUUUGGUGGUCUCUCUGUGUUUUCGCUUCCGGGAGUCCCAUGUCACCGGGGAAAGGAGCGCGGGCGAGCCGUCGGCGGUUUGGGUUUGGUUCAUCCCAGGCGCCGCCGCCCUUUCACAGCUC